GUCAGGGGGUUAGGCGAGUGUUGAUCACGCGUUUGGGGUAUCAAAAACCUCCAAAAUACAUGUUACAACGUUUUCAGAUUACUGUUGUAAUCUUCUUUUAAAAGCGGGACGUUUGUUUUGAAUGUGAUAUGAUGCAACUUGAGUUUUUGGUUCUGUUCGCAGUACUUUUGAGCGCUGUAGACAUUACGCGCGCUCGCCCGAAAUGCGUUGCUUCCAAGAACGAAGAAUACAGUAGUUGCUCUUGUACCAUGAGCGAUGGAAGUGGCACCAUCAACUUGGCUCCCCUACAGAACGACUCGGUUGUUCCUCGAUUCACUACCGUAGAUAACAUCACUCAUUGGCAAUAUUCUUACAACCCCUGCACUCCGUUUGACAUGUUUGUCGGACAAAACAACUCUGGCCUCGGAUACAAACCCUGCAAGCACGCUGCUAUGGCUCGCUGGACGACUCAAUCCACACAUCAGUGUUUUAGUCUGGGUCCUCCCGAGAGUGCGGUCUGGGAGUAUGAACCCCUGGAUCAACCGCAGAAGAUGCUCAGAUCGAAUCUCACCCUCACGUUCACCUUUGUGAACGACACUCUGACGAAGAACCAGGGGGUGAUCUCACUUGUGUGCAACAAAAACAUGACUAGGAAUGAAACGGAGUUCAAGUACAUCGGCCUUAAGUACGAUAUGCACUCUAUUUACUAUUUUUCUCUGGAAAGCAAGUGCUCGUGUGCGGGGGAAUGUGGUGAGGCCCCGACCCCGCCCACCACGGCAGGUAAUAGCUCCUUGUCAACUACAGCAAAUAAUAGCACCUUCUUGUCAACCUCAGCGCCUCCUGGCACCACCGAAGGUCUGAUCAUCGGCUUGUCAGUGGCUGCGGGUGUACUACUGCUCAUCGCCAUUAUCGCCAUCGCCGUGUGCUGCAGCAGAAGAGGCUACGCGAGUGUCUAGCCCAGGACAACUGGUCUUCUGUUACCAGGACAACUGGUCUUCUGUUACCAGGACAACUGGUCUUCUGUUACCAGGACAACUGGUCUUCUGUUACCAGGACAACUGGGAGGAUGUGAAAAUCUUAAUUGACCAAAAUUAGAGGCAUUGCUAUUUUUAUGUAAGUAAAAUAAUACGAAGGGGGUACCUGACACUUCUGCCAGUUAGCUAUUGAGGGACUAUUCCUCAUUUUAACACGGCCAAAUGGGCUUGGUGAAGAAAUUAUUCAAAUAUUCAACCCCCCUUUACACUAAAAAAAUAUGAGUCCCCCCCUAAAAAAUAUCGCUAAGCUUCCGCUGUGUUACAUGGCCCCAGCUAGCAUCCCUGUGCCAGAUACUCCCACUCUGCGUUAUCACUUCGGAAGAAAAAAAAAACUAGCGAUCUCAAGGUGGAGUUCAUGCCACUGAACUUUCACGAUUUUCAAGGGUCUGUAAUAAAAUUACUUUGUGUAAGAAACACAAUGCGAUGCUAUAUGUGUGGGAAAAAAUUAGAUGCGAGUUUUUUUUUACUAGAUGCUAUAUGUUUUAAUAGAAACUUGAAGCAAGAAAUAUCAAUAAGUGUGAACGGGCCAAUUCUUAAAAAAAAAAUAUUUUGCAGAUAUGAUCAAUAAUCGCUUUUUGGUGCGAAAAUUAAGUCUAGAUCCACACUUAUCCGUUAAAAAAAACGUAGUAACGAUACGAAAACGAUAACAAGCUCUACAGCGCACAUCUCUCCUAACUAUUUUGCUUGUUUACACCAUGAAAUUAUGAAUCACGAAUCUUUUUCAAAAAGAGCCGUUUUCGUUUGCCCUAACGGCACCGGAGGGGUAUCAUUUUCAAAUCGUUCCACUCUUGAGAGCCUUUCAAAUUGUUACGUUUUCGGUCAUCGUUUUCUCGUUUACGCGUGGACGUAUCCGUUAUUAACGAAAAACCUGCCUUUUUAAAACAAAAAUGUGGACGGGGUUUCAAAAAGGUAGCCAACCUAGCCCAGGCGUUCUUGUCGGUUUUCUUGUGGUUGGUAAGCAUUGUAACGUUACGUCUCCUGGUCUAUAAACACAAACCCGGUAAGCACGCCAGGUCAGCCAUAGACUCUAAGAGUAUGUAUCAUUCGACAAAAAGUUUACAGUGGGGGAGGGGUGAAUAGAAGGGAUUUCCAUUCAGUUUAUGGGUUUGUUAAAGGUAAAAUGCUGCUUUCAACGUAAAGACAUGUGUGUGUGAUAUUCCCCUUAUGAUUGUAUAUCUCAACAAAUGCCUCCAGGGGGAUCCAUUCAAAGUCGUACAAGACACUUACACGUACAUAUUCACUUCCCAAUAUAUCAUUAAUUAAGAAAAGUAAAAAAAAAACACUUAUUGUCGAGUUGCUUUAAACUUUACAGAAAUAGGUAUUAUUAAUAACGUACUUAGCCAUAUAUUACUUUAGCUAGAAUCUAUGUUAAAAACAAAAUAUAAUCAGUGUUUAACAGACAUGUACAAGUAUUCUAAAUGUAUAAGUGUUCUAUA